UGCUAUGCCAUUCUAUGCUAUUCCGUUCUAUGCUAUGCUAUGUGACGGUGAUGACUAGCAAAUGUAUUUCUCGAUCAUCGACCACCACUCGAACCCCUCAAGCUAACUAGCUUGACACGUGAUUCGCACGCUAGCCGCUUAGAGCCCCACGUUGCUUUGCAGUUCCCAAUCAAUUCCACCUCCAACGCUGUCUUGCCCGCCCCACGCCAAAAAUUAUCAACUACCUCCAUCACCAUCCAUCCACCCACAUUGCAUCCUCGCAAACCAACCACUUCUCUGAUCGUCCCGCCAGUUUAAUACCAGCUUCCCAAGAUGCAGGCCCCCGUGCUUGUCGUGAACACCGGCGCCGGCGAGCGUCAGACCGGACGCAAGGCGCAGCUCUCGAACAUUGCCGCGGCAAAGACAGUCGCGGACAUCAUCCGCUCGUGCCUCGGCCCCAAGGCCAUGCUGAAGAUGCUGCUCGACCCCAUGGGCGGCAUCGUGCUCACCAACGAUGGGCACGCCAUCCUGAGAGAGAUUGAAGUCGCCCAUCCGGCUGCCAAGAGCAUGAUUGAGCUUGCGAGGACACAGGACGAGGAAGUCGGCGACGGGACCACAUCGGUGAUCAUCCUAGCGGGGGAGACGCUGGCGCAGUCGCUGCCGCAUUUGGAGCGUAACAUCCACCCGGUGGUGAUAAUCUCGGCGUUCAAGCGUGCGCUGUCGGAUGCGCUGCAGAUAAUCCACGACAUAUCUAUUCCGAUCGACUUGAGCGACGACGAGGCAAUGCACCAGCUCGUCCAGUCGUCCAUCGGUACUAAGUUUGUCUCCCGCUGGUCGAACCUCAUGUGCGGCCUUGCGCUCACGGCGGUGCGUACUGUUGCGAGGGAAAUUGGGAACGGCAAGAUGGAGGUCGACGUCAAGCGCUAUGCUAGGAUCGAGAAGAUCCCGGGAGGAGAGAUCGAAGACUCGAAGGUGCUCGAUGGAGUGCUGCUGAAUAAGGAUAUCACCCAUCCCAAGAUGAGGAGGAGGAUCGAGAACCCCAGGAUCGUCCUGCUGGACUGCACGCUGGAGUACAAGAAGGGAGAGUCGCAGACCAACAUCGAGAUCAGCAAGGAGGAGGACUGGAACAAGAUUCUGGAGAUGGAGGAGACGCAGGUCAAGGCCAUGUGCGAUGCCAUCCUGGCUGUGAAACCGGAUCUGGUCAUCACGGAGAAGGGUGUUUCCGAUCUGGCACAGCACUACUUCAUGAAGGCAAAUGUCACCGCCCUCCGUCGUGUCAGGAAAACGGACAACAACCGUAUCUCGCGUGCUACUGGCGCUACCAUUGUCAACCGGCUCGAGGACCUGACCGAGGCCGAUGUCGGUACCCAGUGUGGUCUGUUUGAGAUCGAGAAGAUUGGUGACGAAUACUUCACCUUCCUCACUAAAUGCACUUCGCCCAAGGCAUGCACCAUCCUUCUCCGCGGCCCGUCGAAAGACAUCCUCAACGAGAUCGAGCGCAACCUGCAAGACGCCAUGUCAGUCGCCAAGAACGUCUUCUUCGAGCCGCGUCUCUCUCCCGGAGGUGGAGCUACCGAAAUGGCCAUCUCCGUCAAGCUCGCCGAGAUGGCCAAAGCGAUAGAAGGUGUCCAGCAGUGGCCGUACAAGUCCGUCUCCGAGGCCAUGGAGGUCAUCCCGCGGACGCUCGUGCAGAACUGCGGUGCCAGCCCCAUUAGGGUUCUCACCGAGCUGCGGGCGAAGCAUGCGGAGGGUCUGCACACGUGGGGUAUCAACGGCGACACCGGAAAGAUCGUCGACAUGAAGGAGUACGGCGUGUGGGAGCCCACGGCCGUCAAGCUGCAGAGCAUCAAGACCGCCGUCGAGAGUGCGUGUCUGCUGCUCAGGGUAGACGAGAUCUGUGGUGCCAAGGGUGCAAGACAGGGCGGUGGCCAGCCGUCGGAGGAUUAGACGGGGGGGUUUACGAUUCUUGGCUUUCGAGGAUGUAAAAGAUUGAUAUAGAGGAGUGGUUGCGAGCCUUUUAAUGCACUCUGUCUCUGUGAUGA